AUGUUUAAUUUAGAGGAUUUAUUGGCAGAGGAUGAAAAUGAUGUGAAUGAUGCAUCUAAUUUAGAGAUUGAUGAUAUCUUAAAUGAAAGUGAUAAUUCUAUAAAAGAAUUAAAUAUUGAAAAAGUAAGAAUAUGUUUGAAAAUUUAAGGCAAAUUAAAUUUUAAGUGAGAAAAAACAAAAAAUAAAAGUUUAAAUGAAAUAUGGAUAAAUAGAAUAUGAAGAAUUAAUAAGGAAAUAUAUUGAACAUGAUUUUGAAUAAUAAACAGAAGAAUUUAAAAUUGAAAUAUCUUCAUCUAAUGAAGAGGAAAUAGAACCAUAAUCAUUAAUUGAUUAAAUAGAUAAACAAGAAAGAAUUAUUAAAGAAACUACUCUAUAAAAUGUAGAAUUAGUUAAUAAUAAUAUUGAAAUAGAAAAUAUAGAGAUUCACGAUUUACAAUUAAUUUCUAAUCAUUUAAAGAAAUUAUCAGGUCAACCUUGUCUAAUUACUUUCUAAUAUAAUAUCUUAUCAAUAGGAACAUCUAUUGGUGAAAUCCUAGUUUAUUCAGCAGCUAAUAAUGACUUUAUUGGUAUUUAUAUUAACUAAGCGCAGUUUUGAAAUAUAAUUCUAAAGUGAGUGCAAUUGAUAAUACUUAAGCAUUUUUAGUGGCUAGCUAUGAAGAUUGUGCAAUUAUUUUAUGGGAUCCCAAUACUAAAGCUUAAUUAAAAAAUAUUAAACAUUAAGAACCUCUAUUAUCUUUGAAGUUUUUUAAUGAAACUUAAUUUAUCAUUUCUGAUUACUUAGGUUAAACAUCAAUGUGUAAAAUAACUAAAAUGUUAUGGUCAUAUUAAAUUGAAAUAGAGAAAUUAUUGCCAAGGUAUUUUAUUAAUAAAAUUUAUUUUAGAUAGAUUCAUCCAUUUUAUUAAAUAUCUAUAUGGAAAUAAGAAUAUAUUGCUUUUUCAUGUUUAGAAUAAGUAAUAGUUUUAAAAGUUGAUAAAUAAUCUUAAAUAAUUAAAAGAAUUAAGAGAUAAAUAGAUGGUUAUACAUAUCCUUGUACAAGUUGGGGAUAAUUUACUAAUACAGAAGAAUACACUGAAAUGAUUGAAAUUGCAUUAGCAGUAUCUUGGGGUACACAUAUAGAAAUUUAUAUUGUUGAAAAAUAAUAGAUGAUAUAAAAAUAUUCUUUUAUUUUAAAUACCAUUAUUUCUUGUAAUUGGUUAUCUAGAGAUAUGUUAUUAGUUUUUACAAGGGAAUUUUAAAUUGUUACUUUGAAUGCAUAGUUUUUUAAUAAAGAUAUUAUUACUGAAGAAUCUAGAAACACUUUAAGAAAAUAAAUGAAUUAUUUAACAAAUAAAACUGAAAAAGCAAUUUAAUCAAUUAUACCUUUAGGAGAUGUUAUUAAUUUUCCAUUAUAAAUUAAUAAUGGAUAAUAAAUGGUAUCUGUCUAUAUGAAUUGUAUAUCUGCUAAUGCUAGAUUUAUUUAUAUAUUAUCUCUUCCAUUAAUUAAAAGAGUUAAAUUAUUAAUAUGGUCAGAUUAUUUGAAAUUAAUGAUAGAAAAAGCAGAAACUAAAUAAAAUUGGUAUGAUAUAUUAUCUUUUGGAAUCAAAUUAUAUUGGAAUUAAAUUCAUUGUUUUGCUAUUCCUCAAACUAGUUAUGAUUAAAGAGUUGUAUUUUCAGAUAUUUCAAAAGAUAUAUGUAGUACAUUUAUAAAUCUUGUUGGACAAAGUAUUGAAUCUUAAAAAAUAUCAGAAUAAUUGAAAUAUGAAUAAUGGACUUAAACCAUAUAUUCAGCUAUAUAAUAUUGUAUACAUUGCAAUUAAUAGUAAUAUCUCUUUACUGGUUUAAAGACUCUAUUAAUUAAAUUUCAUCGUUAUACAUAAUUAUUAGCAUCUUUAGAAGAAUUUAUAUUAAAUAAAUAAAUUAAAUAAAUUCCUACUGAUUUACUUCUUUAAAUAUCUACACAUUAUAAAGUUUUAAAUAAAUCAGAUAUUGUAGAAUAAUUAAUAUUGUCAUUAGAUCCAAAAUGUUUAGAUAUGACAACAAUUUUUUAAAUUUGUUAAGAAAAUGAUUUAUAUACUCCAUUAAUGGUUGUGUGUCCACGUAUUGAUCAUGAUUAUAUUACACCAUUAUAAAAGAUGUAUUCUAACUUUUUGAAAACUUAGAAUUAAAAUAUGUUAUUAAAAUCUUUAUGGUUUAUUAAAUUGACUUUUCAAUAGAUUUUAUUUCCAAAUGAAAGAAUACCUUAAGAUAGAUUUUAACAUGCUUUUGGAUAAGUUAUUAUGUGGUUAUUAAUUGAAGAUAUUUUAAGGAAUUUUGGAAUUCAUUUACCAAAAGAACUUUUUGAAAUUCUAAAAUUUGCUAUGAAUUAUUCUUAAUUAUUUAAUUCAGAAUAAUUAUAAAAAUAUUUUAAUAACUAAAAACCAAUUUUAGUUGCUUUUAUACAUAAAAUUUAUAAAAGUUUAUCUUAAUCAAUUGUUACUCAUGAAACUUUAGGAAUAGAAUUUAGUAAAUUCAUAGGUUCAAUAAAAGGAUUAGUAUUAGAUGAAGAAGUAUACAUAAAAUCAUUAAAACAUUUAGUAUCAGAUAGAAAGAAUUUCUAAUUAAUAUUAAACAUAUUGGAAUAAAUUGAAUUAAAACCACUUUUAAAAAAUGAACUUUAUGAAUAAUCUAAUGAUAAUUAUAUUAAAUCUCUAUUUGCAUCAGAUAUCUAUAAAUAGAUUGAUCUUUGUUUAUUAAAAAUAAAUAAAAAGUUUUUCUCACUUUGGAUAUCAAGAUAACUUAAUUAAAAGAGAGAAUAAACUUUAAAAGUAUUAGAAUUAUAUUUUGAUACACUUUUAGAAAAUCAUUAAACUUUAUAGAUCUUAAAAUAAAUAGUUCCAACAUUAACAUCUUAAGAAUAAUAUAAAUUAAUGAAAAGGGAAUAAAUUACUAAUGGUUAUAUGGAAUUAUUUCAAUCUUUAGGUCCUUAAAAUAAAGAUUUAAGAAGUUUAUUAAUUAGAGCAAGUUGUAUUCAUACACCACAUCAUGUUUUAGAUAAAAUUCAUCAUUUUGCUUUAGAUGAUCUAGAAACAAUAUUUAUAGAAACUAAACAUAAAGAAGGAUUAGGAUACAUAUAUGCAAGAGUUGGUAAAUUUGAAAUUGCUAUGUAAUUUUUUAUUUAAAACUUGCUUGAUUAUUUAUAAGAAUGUUUUACAUAAUAAUCAUUUUCAAAUGAAAUACUGAAUUUAAAAUUUGAUUUAUUAUUUUAGACAUGCAAAGAUCAUCUAUCUCAUAAUGAUUAAAAUUUAUUUUUAGAAUUAGGUCAUCAAUUAUUUAAUUCAGAAACAUAUUCAUAAAUUUGGAUUUUAUCAGAAUAAAUCAAUUAAAAUAAUUAUUAAAAUAUAAUACCUAUUUUAUAAGUAAUUAAUACUAGAUUAUGUGAAUAUUACAAUUAUUUAAGUAUUGAAGAAUUGAUUAAUUUGAUGGAAGAAUAAAUAGAAAUAUUUAAAAUGGUAUGGAUUAAAUGGAGUUUUAAAAAUUUGAUUUAUGAUUAAAGAGUAUAAUAUAGAAUUAGAUACCAAAGUUAUUUUAUUGAAUUAUAAACAUAUUUAGGAUUCAAAUAUUAAAUAUUCCAUUAAAAUGUAUAUAAUAUUAUUUUAUAAUAGGCAAGUAGUCCUGAAAUUUAAAAUAUAUGUAGUAAUUGUAAUGAAUUUAUUACAAAUGAAUCUAAAUAACAUAUUUUAAUUAGAAAAUGUUCACAUUCAACACAUCAAACUUGUUUAUAAUAACCAUUCUGUCAUAUUUGUAAUCCAAAAGUAAAAAUGCAAUUGGAAAGUGUAUUAGCCAAUAGAAAUGUUAAUGAUGGAGUUGAUAUGAAGAGAAGAUAAAUUUUAAUAAAAGAAAAUGAAAUUAUGAAAGUAAUUUAUUUUUAUCUAUUUUUUAGAAUCAUCGUAAAUUAGAAGAAUAAAUAGAAGAUUUGUAAUUAACAGCAGAGGAUAUUCGUAUUCAUGAGGAAAAUCGGAUAAUCCAUGAUUUAGAACUUUUUGAUAAAUUUUUUAAUUUAUGAGUU